CAUCUAAUGGUUAUCAUUAUUCAUUCCCAGAUCACAGAUUCAUCUUUGCUUUAAUUCACAUGAAAGAUUAUAUUUUUCAUAGAGUUUCAGAUAUCGAAGAUCACAAUCUUUUUCAAUGCAAUCCAAAACUCCAAGCCUACCUCUUGGAUUCAUCCUUUUCCCAACCCUUAAAUCCCCACCCAAAACCCUUUUCUUCCACCAAAUCUUCAUCUUAAUUCUCACUUUCUUAGCCUACGCCUCUUUCCACGCUUCCCGGAAACCCCCUAGCAUUGUAAAAAGCGUCUUAGGACCCACGGUGCAAUCAAAUACCACCUCAACCGACACUGGAUGGACACCUUUCAACGGCCCGGAAGGAACCCAUAGGCUCGGUGAGCUUGAUCUUGCAUUUUUAACAUCAUAUGCCAUAGGGAUGUAUUUCGCAGGACAUGUAGGUGAUAGGAUUGAUUUGAGGCUAUUCCUUGUGUUUGGAAUGAUGGGUAGUGGCCUUUUAACCAUAAUUUUCGGGUUCGGUUAUUGGUUUGAUGUUCAUUUGUUCAGCUACUUCAUUGGAGUUCAAGUUGUUUGUGGGUUUUUUCAAUCCAUAGGUUGGCCUUGUGUGGUUGCUGUUGUUGGCAAUUGGUUUGGGAAAGAGAAGAGAGGGUUAAUUAUGGGGGUUUGGAGUUCACACAUUAUUGGGUCUGUUGUGGCUUCUGGGGUGUUGGAGUUUGGUUGGGGUUGGUCUUUUUUGGUGCCUGGGGUACUGGUUAUUGUAGUUGGGGUUAUUGUUUUUUGUUUCUUAGUGGCGAAUCCUGAUGAUUUGGGGUUCGAAUUGGUGGCCAGUGCGAAGGAGAUUGAGAUGAAUGUGGAGGGAGGAAAUGCGGUGAAUUUAGAAAAAGCGGAGUCGGAGGAAGCAGUGCUGCUUAAGAAGGAGGAUUCCGAUUCUUUGGCUGCCAUUGGAUUCUUAGAGGCAUGGAAGUUGCCUGGUGUAGCACCAUUUGCUUUCUGCCUCUUCUUCUCCAAGUUGGUGGCUUAUACAUUUUUGUAUUGGUUGCCCUUCUACAUAAGACACACAGCUGUUGCUGGAGUGCAUUUGUCCCAUAAAACUGCUGGGAUCCUCUCUACUAUAUUCGAUAUCGGAGGAGUCUUUGGUGGGGUGCUAGCAGGUUUUGUUUCGGAUAUCAUUGAUGCUCGUGGAGUUACCUCAGUUACUUUCUUACGACUAUCAAUUCCAACACUCAUUUUGUACCGGAUUUAUGGAACUGUAUCUAUGGUUACCAACAUUGCAUUGAUGUUUCUCUCGGGGUUGCUAGUGAAUGGUCCUUAUUCACUAAUCACAACAGCUGUUGCUGCUGAUCUUGGCACCCAAGACUUGAUUAAAGGAAACUCCCGUGCAUUAGCUACUGUGAGCGCAAUCAUAGAUGGCACUGGCUCUGUUGGGGCAGCUCUCGGGCCCCUUCUAGCUGGGUAUAUAUCUACUAGGGGUUGGAAUAGUGUAUUUUUUAUGCUAAUUUUUUCUACGUUCUUAGGUAGUUUAUUCUUGAUUCGUAUUGCAAAAACUGAGAUUGGAAGUAUGGUAAAUGAGGGGAAAUGGUUUCGGAGUAGCGUGACUUAAAGUUGAUAGGCCUCGGAGGCUCGGACUGUUUAGAGUAGCAUCUCAUUAGGAUACAGCAUUUGCUGUUAAAAGUUUUAUUUUCCUUACACCUCAAGCUCUAUUGUAUUUCAUUCUUUUAUACACACAAUCUUCAGUUCACAUAUACAAGAGAAUUUUUGUAUCAGAAUGAACUUUGCUCA